GUCAACCCAGAUUAGAUCGAAUCGCUCGAUUCCUCUGGUCAGCGCCGCCGCCUCGCUCGGCUCCGCUCGCCAAGCGCCGCCGCUUCGCCCGACCUCCACCAAACCCACGCCGCCGCUUCGCCAUCGCCUCCAGGCCAAGCCCCAGCUGCGCCUCCGCCUCCACCUUCCCCAUCCACUUCGGGCCGAGCCUGCCACCGCCCGUGACCGGCUCCUCCCCGACGUUCGCGCCGCUCCCCAUCGACGUUCGCCCCGCUCCCGCCGUGUCCUUCGACUUCGUUCCCUGCGCCUCCAUAGCGCUUCUUCGAAGGAAGCGGAUACAGCCUCAUCGCCCCGACCAACUCUCGCCGGCCUGCUUCGCGUCCACGGAAGGACUGCUCCGACAUCGACAACUGUUGUGUUCGGCCUCCACGACAGGAACUUCAGGUAACUGAAGAAGAAACCAAUUUCAAUGGCUUCCAAUGGGGUGUUCGCUGAAUUACUCCAUGCCUACAAACUUGAUGGAACAAAUUACACGGUUUGGAAAAGGAAAAAUCAUGUUCUUGCUUACGGCUGAGAUUAUUGAUUAUGUUUCUGAAAAUCCGGCGCCUAACGAGCCAGCAGAGGAUGCUACAGAUGAAGAAAAGCAGGAAUACAAUGAUGAACUGAAGCAAUGGACCAAGGACAACAAGACUGCCAGAGUGUAUAUCCUUGGCUCGUUGACUGAUUCGUUGGCUGCGGAAUAUGAGUCGGAUAGAACAGCUUGUGGAAUAAUGCUCAGGCUGGAACAAGAUUUUGGAGAAGUUUCCCUUGUGAAGGUGCUUAGUCUUGUGAACAAGUUUCUGACAUCGAAGAUGGGUGAUAAAACAGUCAAUGAACACUUCAACAAGCUCUGUGUCUUGGCGGAAGAAUUAAAAACUGCUGGUUAUCCGUUCCAGGAGGAAGUACAAGUCAUGGUUGUUCUGAAUUCUUUGCCACCAUCAUGGGAACAGUUCAAGAUUUCUUUUUGUCAUUCAGAACGCACACUCAAUAUGAGGAACCUGAGGAAACACUUGCUGAUGGAGGAGGAUCGCAGGCUUAACUCAGGGAAAGAUAAAGCUUCUUAUCAGCCAGAGCUUCACCUUGGUGAGUACAAAAACAAUGGGAACCGGAGGAACUGGACUAAGAGAGGAGGAGGACCGGACCUAAGGGACAAGAUCAAUUAUAAACAUGACAGGGAUCAAAGGAACUACAGAGAUGAGAGGAGGGACAGGGUGCAGCAUGGCAAUAACAACAACAACUCUUUUCACAAGAUUGACAAGAGGAACUACAAGUGCCAUAAUUGUGGUAAUACAGGCCACUUCGGGUCAGAAUGCACCAAGAAGAGGAAGCCGAACAGCGAAAGGAAUAAUUUUCACAAGGAUGACAGCCGCAAGGGGAAUCAAUCCCCUGAAGCUGCAGGGGUUUACUGAUGCUGAUUGGCUGGUUAUAUGUUUACACUAGCAGGAGGAGCUAUUUCCUGGAGUAGCAAGAAGCAAGAUUCUGUAGCACUUUCAUCUAUGGAGGCUGAAUAUAUUGCUGCGUCCGAAGCUGUGAAAGAAGGUGUAUGGUUAAAGGAGUUUCUUGCGUCUCUCGUGGUGGUGGAAAGCGCUUCAUAUCCUGUUACUAUUUUCUGUGAUAACCAGGCGGCAAUCAAGGUCUCAAAGGAUCCAAAGUUUCAUAGCAAAACCAAACAUAUUGAGGGAAGGUAUCAUUACAUUCGUGACGUCGUUAAUAGAUUAAGAACAGUUCGUUUAGAUUAUUUACCUAGUGUGGACAUGGUUGCUGAUCCACUGACUAAACCUCUUAGUCAGGAAGUAUUUUGUAAACAUGUUUGCAACAUGGGACUUCGUUUCUGGAAUUAGAAUGUUUUAGCCAAGUGGGAGAUGUAGGAAAUACUUAUGUGUGGCUUGCAACAUUUUUAUAUAUGGUGGGCUCCUUCUCUA